AUGAGGAUCACAGUGCUGCUUUUAGCCAUUUCUCUUCUGCUCUACCAGGAUCCUCCAGUGAGAAGUGAAUUUGAAGUGGACAGAAUAUGUGGUCAUGGGACUGCUCGCUGCCGGAAGAAAUGUAAAAUCAAGGAAUACAAAAUUGGAUUAUGUCUCAACACCAAUACAUGCUGCUUGAUGAAGUGGAUUGAUGGCAUGAUGAAUUUCACAGGAUCCUGA